AUGACCGAAUUUCAGGCCACUCCUUCUGGCCCGCCUAAAGGUCCCUCCCUCUUAGCUUGUCUCCAAUGCCGUCACAAGCACCUCAAAUGUGAUGGCAAGACACCGGUCUGUGGCCGCUGUGAGCAAGGUCAAUCCACUUGCGAAUACACCAAAUCUCGAAGAGGCUACAAGGGCCCAUCGAAAAAGCGCCGCGCCAACUCACCAGAUACCUCCAUCGACCCGACCACCCUGCUCGAUACACCGGUGGAUUGGGGCUUGCAGGCUGGGUUCAACUAUGCGCCAUCUAUUCCUUUGCCUUCCUCCGGAUCGACCAGUCCUGGGUUGCACGAUAUGUCCCCACCAUUGAUUUCAUCCGUUAUCCCGAUGACCGGUCCGUUGACUCCGGAAUCAUCCUCUGCCGUUGGCGGGGAUGGCUAUUUACUCGAUAUCUAUUAUAAUUAUUUCCACGCCGCCCAUCCGAUCCUGCCACCGCACCGGCUCUUAAAUCGCAGUUUUUACCCCGCAUAUCUGGAGCAGGUGAUGAAGUUCAUUGGCGCCCACUUCACCCCGGCGGCUUCAAGUGAUACAUACCGGCCCACGGUUGUCGCAAUGGUCCAAGAACAGCCCGUGGCAGUGGAAAAGGUGCAGGCACUGCUUUUGCUCGCCAUUGUGCUUCAUUCGGACAAUGAGCGUGCCGAGGCUGGUGUUUGCCUAGCAGCUGCGGUAGACUCGGCCUUUGAACUUGGCAUGCACCAGGGGAGUUUUGCCGUGCUUGCUAGCAAUGGUGAUCCGAUUCGUGCCGAAUCCCUGCGGCGCACCUGGUGGGAGUUGUUCGUUAUCGAGGGUAUGCUGACUGCCCUUGGUGUGCAACGUGAAUACCGAACCAACAUGGUUCCCCUCGAAGUGGCUCUUCCUUGUGAGGAGCGCAUCUACCAUGAGGGACUGGUGCCCCCACCGUCUCCGACAAUCGCCCAAUUUGAUGGGCGUGUAUUCGCAGAAGAGGACCGCGACUUCUCUUCCUACUGCUACCGGAUCGAGUCUAUUCGGAUCCUUGGACGUGUGGUGGCUAUGGGGGAAAUGACGGAAGGUCAACAGGACCUUGUGGAAGCUAUUGAUGCUCGAAUCGGCAGCUGGGGUCAUCACUUGCCAGAGUCGAAGGAGGAGCUUCUGCGUCCAGAUGGGUCAGUGGAUGAAAUUAUGUUCCAAGCGACCAUGAUCUUGAAUGGAGCAGCCAUUUACCUUAACUUCCCACGAUCCGACCUCUUGUCAUCACCUGCUGUUGCUGCGGAAGUCAUCUGUGGUCAUCAUGGCCCCAUCAGUGUGCCCGCCUUCUCCCAUAACGAGCACGCAAUGAAAGCAUCCAAGGCUGCCCGAGAACUGUCCCGACUAGCAGCCUUUCGCUUGCCAGUCAUCAAGCACACACCGUUUUUCAUUUGUGCGCUCACUCUGAGUUCCAUUGUUCAACUGGCCUCCUGCUCCGUCAAGGCUGGGUCGAUGCCCGACGUGAGCCGUGACCGUCUAGCAUUAACGAUCGGAGUCUUCAAGUCGUUAGCUCGCACCUGGGCCAUUUCGCAGUCGAUCAUGCGCCAGAUCAAAGCCGUUGCGCGGGACGUGAUGGACCUGGGACUGCGUCCGACGAUGGACUCGCUCGAUCUGACUACUGUCUUAGACAAUAGUCAGUUCUGGGUGGAUCAAGGGCCAAGUUGA